CUCUUUCAGUCAGUGCCAACGAUACUGCCCCGCGCGGUUGCGCGUUCUUACCUGCUUUCCUGCGCGAACGAAACGGCAGCCCUUAGGAUUCCUAUUAAAUGUGAUUCAUAUCACCACUCGCACAUUUUACCACAGGCCUACAGCUCGUCGCUGGCUGGCCUAUGUUGCUGACGCGGCUGAGUCGACCCGCGGCAGCAGGUACACUGCUUCUGCGUGGUUGCAAUAAUUUAGGACUGCGCUAGAGUGCAAGCGCGGCGCUCACGAAGCUGACCAGCCGAGGCCCGUCGCAUGCAGGCACGCCGGGCAUGCGCGCAACUCCGCAUGUGCGGCAUGGCGCCUGCCUUGGUUCACACUGGCGUGGAUGUGGAACGGCGAGCCACGGGCGCGCCUGGCGUGUCGCGGCCGCGUGCCACCUGCCCGAGGGGAGCGCGGGAGCCACCCCGGGAGUCGGGUCGCCGCCUGCAGCUGCAGCAGGGCAGGGUUCAGCUUCCGAUCGAGCAUCGCCGCGAAAGCUUUAGCGCAAUACUAGUGGAGGCCGUCGCGGGCAGGGCGCUGCGUGAUCACGAGCAGCAGAAGCAGGAGGCGGCCUCCAACAACGGCGCCCGCGGAAGCGUGGUCCUGAAGGAUGCGGCCAGUGUGGUGAAGUGCGUGCUGCCUCCCGGGCUGCCGCCACACGUGCACGAGGUGGCGGCGGGCAAGCUGGCGGCCUGGAUGGUAGAGGAGGACCGGGGCCUACGUGCUAUCCUGGAGUCGGAGCUGCGUGCGGUCCCUUCCAGGCUCACCAAUAAAGCAAACGCGCAGUGGAAGGCGGCAGCGGCGAGUGCCGCCCAGGCGGCAUUGGCAGUGCUGCAAGGUGCUGCGUGUGGGCAGCAGAACUACUCGCCGGCGCUGGACGCCCUCAAGUGCUGCGCGGACCGCCUGCCUGUCUCCCUGCAGCUGCUGGACACCUAUGCCACCAGUGACCGGGACACGGCCCUGGCGCUGAUGCGCGGCGAGCUGUGCGUGGCCGCCCUGACGGCGCUGCACCCGCUCAGCAGCGGCGAGGCCUCCUCGACCGCCACACAGCUGCAGGUGGACCGCCUGCUGCCGCUGCGCGUGUGUGCAGAGACCGGCGGCGGUAAAGGCGGCAGCAACAGUCGCAGCGGCAGCGGCAGUGGGGGCGGGGACGGCGACGGCGACGGCAGCGGGGACGGAAGCGGGGACGGCGAGGGCGAGGGCAACGGCGGCAGCACCUCUGGGCCCCGUGUUGGACCCGGGGUCACGGCCGUGCUGGAGAUCCAGCAGAUCAAGUCCAGCAGCGCAGGUCUUUCGACGGCGCGGGCGCAAGUGGCCCUGUGCGGCCGCAUCUUUGCGUGCACGUAUAGCGUCCUACGGGAGCGGCUGUCGGAGGCGUUGGCCAACGCCGAGGUGCAGCUGCCGCCGGAGCUGCGGCUGCAGGCCACGAUCGCGCUCGGCCAGGACGGCGAGCCCGGAGCCAGCGAGGAGCAGCGCCCGCCGCAGCUGGAGCUGUCCACCGCCGACGGCGGCCGGCCCCUGAUGCAGAUGCAGUACUUGGUCCUGGCGGCGGAGACGCUGGUGCCCUGGGUGCCGGGCCGGCAGCAGUGAGUGGGCGGGCCUCGGCCUCGGCAGUGGAUGGCUGGGGGGCACGGGACGACCAGGCAGCGGCGGUGGCACUCGGCACGCCUGCUGCAACCGUGUCACGCAGCAUACCUAGCAAUCAAGCGGCCAGCCGUUGAUGCUCACGCCGCCGCUAGCUGGGCUGCGGCGCGCUGUGGCGGCGGCAGCAGCGGCGACCGGGCAGUGGGCGCUGCUCACAGCUUCGUUGGGGUGUACGGCAGCGCUGGCGGCGCGGGCCACGGUCGUGGGCGGUGGUUGGGACCGCAGACACAGCUGACGCGGUGAUGUAGCGGUGUACACGGGGCGAGGGCCUCUGAGACCGAUCGCUGUGUUGCUUCCCCCGACAGUGCCAUGGCACGGCAGGGGCUUUAGGGUGGAGGGUAAGUGUGUGAGGAGAGCGAGGGAGUUCUUUUAUGUGCGGCACGUCUUGAAGGUGUUUGCUAGUGUAGCGGCUGGUGCGAGGGUAAGGCACGUUCGUGUUAGAUACACCGUUGACUCCAAUGUGUCUGACCCUUACUGGCGGGCGUUGUGCCACCAGGGAACCCGGGGCACCACCACAAAGGCCCCGGGAGUGCCGCCAGGAACGCAUACAUCUGUUUGUUCUGGCGCAAUUUGCAAAGACAGUAUGCAGGAUUGACCUUUUAAAUGCCUGGUUUUUACUAUGGCGCUGUGUUUGAAAUGCAGUGAGGGGGUGGUGGGGUGGUCAUACUAUCUGCGUGCCCACGUUUUUGCACUGCCGGGGCUGGGUAGGCCUGCUGUUUGCUGCACAUGAUGCAAUGGAUGGCGGUGGAGCGCGGCGGCGGCGCACGGCCUGUGCCCAGCAGCGGCGGCGUGCAUGUGCGCAGCAGAGCCGGCAGGCAUGGCCACGUGGAGGAGGAGAGCGGUGCGCUGCCUGAGCAGCGGCGCCGUCGCGCAGGUUUAGAAGUGCUGGUGUCUGGUCUUUGUGGCGAGCAUAGCGUAGCAUAGCGUAGCAUAGCGUAGCAUAGCGUAGCAUAGCGUAGCAUAGCGUAGCAUAGCGUAGCGAUUUACUGCUAUUUGGUUUGUUGCGGGCUGAGCUUGUACUUGACAGCGGGGUGCGGCUCGACACAUGGCGGGUGGUGCCUGUACGAACCGACCCCGGCUUUGUCCGGGGGAUGAGGUAGUUUCGAAACCUUCGGCCUCGGACAUUGCACCAACGUGGCGUGGCCGCACAGCUCAAUUUUCCCCUGGAGACUUGUUUUGUCCGCAGCCGUGGUUGUUGGCUUCCAGGAGUGGCAUGACUCCUUGACGGGUCUAAUAAGUGGAGUAGCUGCUAAGACAGCUUGUGACGGCGUUCUGCCUUUGAGAGAAGUCAGUGUUGUGCUCGAGGGGGAGAUCACUCGCAUUGCCUAGCUGAGCCGUGCUGGGCAGGCGGGCGAGGGGGAGGGGGAGGGGGAGGGGCGGUGGUGGACUGGAGGUAGGAUUGGAGGUACGCGAGGAGGUAGGGCAGGCGGUAGCGGCGGUAGGGGAGGCAGGAGCGCUGGGUGGUGGAGCGCUGGCACUGGCGCAGGCGGGGGCUGUUGAGGGUCAGACCCAGGGGUGCAGGCGGCGGCAUUUUGAUUUGCGUGUCGGCACGGCGUGUUCACUUAAAUGCAGUCAGGUGGAGGCAAGGCUUGACGUGGAUUGAGUGAUUCGGUUAUGCGGACAGUCACGCGGAAACGCGGGUGUAGUGCCAGCCGGGGGACACGAGGCGCCGAGCCGGGGGUGCGGGGCGCCAGUCCAGAGCGUGGGGGCCAUCGUUGAUCGCGGAUGAGACACCGGGUAUGCCC